UUUCUCUUCUCGGAAAAUCUUCAAAAUGGCCGCAAUGAAAAGAGGUUUACCUUCUCUGGAAAGGUAUUUUUCGACGGAGUUGGAAACCUUACAUGCAAACGAUCCAAGCCAUGGCUGUAAUCUGCUGAAGGGGCUUUUGACCAUGUACAAAGAUGGCAGAUAUUCUGAUGUCACUUUAAAGAUUAGUGAAGACCGACGGCUUUCAGUUCAUCGUGUUGUUCUGGCCUCUUUUAGUCCUUACUUUGAAGCCUUGUUCGGGAAAAACUGGGACGAUGGAGAGAAAAAAGAGAUAGAAGUUCUUGGCUUUGACGAGAAUGCUGUCAGCGAUUUGAUCGAAUUCGCAUAUUCGGGCAAAAUUGACAUCAGCAAAGACAAUGUGCAAACUUUGCUCGAGGUAUCCAAUUAUUUGCAGGUGGAGUUUGUCAAGGAAUCGUGCGGAGAUUUUCUGAAAGGUGCAAUUAAUGAUAAAACUUGUCCUAGCAUCUGGCAGCUUGCUGAUUUGUUUGCGCUGGAACAGCUAAUGAAGGAGGCUAAAAAGCACUUUUUGCUGCAUUUUACCAAAGUCACUCGGAUGGAAGAGUUUUUGUCGCUUCCAAUUGGUUUCCUGAAAGAGAUUCUUGCUGAUGAAGGUAUUUGCGUGGUUAUCGAGAGCCUGAUUCCGUCCAAAGAGGAAAGGGAAAAGGUCGUUGACGUCUUCAUAAAGGGAAUGAAACUUUGGAUUCGACGCUGGUAUGGGACGCCUGUCCUGGGAGGGCUGAAGAUUUUUUUUAAUCAUGAUGGUGACCGAGAGAUUAUGAUGGGAAGUGACUCUGAUCUGUCCGAACACCAUGAAUUUCACUUGGAAAAAAAUGAAAGGAUCGUCAAAGUUGAUGUUAAUUCUGGAUGGAUGAUUGACCGCCUCUCCUUUUACACUAACAAGAAAGAUGAAAAUGGUGAUCCUAAAUGUUAUGGUCCUUAUGGAGGGGAUGGUGGAGGAUUCUACACUGAGACUCCACCAGGGUCGUAUGGUUUCCUGGCCGGAAUUAGUGCUGCUGUUGUUUACUCACAGGGUGAAGAAGGUAUCACCAGACUUCAGUUUGCAUGGAGGGCAUUUUGAUGACAAUAUAUCAUUUAAGUAGCCUCGUGAUUUUUACUGUGAUUCUA